AUGGUCAGUUGCCCCGGAUGUCAUGAAUCCUUUUCUGCAACAGGUUAUAGUCAGCAUCUAGCCAAGACUAGACAAACGCCAUGCAGAGCCUUCCUUGCUACUUUUCGUGCAAAUUCUAACUCCCAGGGCCUGGGGAGUCCGAAGAAUCCGACACUCCAAGCUGGCACACAUUCCCUGUCACCGCCUCCAGGGUCCUUGGAAGAACAAGAUCAUCCAAUCUUAUUUGAGGGAGAUUUUUUUGGUACUUACGAGGAAGCUGAUCUAGAAUGGCCAGAUGACCAUUCUGGUGACGAAGAAGAGGACCUUUACAACGAUGAAUGGGAACCUCCUGCACAGGACAAUAAUGAUGAACCGGAACCUCCGGUACCUGACGACGACAUACUGGAAAAUGAAGGUGCUGAAGCCUUGGAGAACCGAGAAGCUCGUCGGGAGAUUGAGCAAUGUACCAUGGAGCAAGAUCAUAUUGUUAUUGUGCCCUAUCCGGAUGCCCAUGCAGGCGUACCAAUAACUGGACAGCCUGCUCAUGAUUCAAAUACCACAUACGGUAUAGAUGCUGGCAACUCCAACAAUAUUUACGCUCCUUUCACCUCCCAGAUAGACUGGGACGUUGCUAAGUGGGCAAAGUUACGCAGUCCUAGUUCAACGGCAUUUACUGACCUUCUUGCAAUUGAUGGGGUCAGUGAACGGCUCAACCUUUCAUUCAAGAAUUCAAAAGAGCUUAAUAAGAUAAUCGACAAGGACCUUCCUGGACGACCAAAGUUCAAGCAUGAACAAAUCAUUGUCGCUGGUGAAGCAUUUGACAUUUUCUACCGAGAUAUUGUCGAAUGCAUCAGAUCUUUAUAUAGUGACCCUGACUUCACCGAUUUUCUCAUAUUCAAACCGGAGCAUCAUUACACUGAUGAGGAUAAGACGAUACGAUUAUUUCAUGAUAUGCACACUGGUCAGUGGUGGUGGGACACACAGAAAGCGCUCGAUCGACGACGUCCGGGUGCCACAAUCAUCCCUGUCAUCAUAUCGAGCGACAAAACCCAGGUUACCAUGUUCCGCAACAAAACUGCAUAUCCCGUCUACCUUACAAUCGGUAACAUUCCAAAGGAAAUCCGACAAAAGCCAUCCCGUCGCGCUCACAUUCUCCUAGCGUAUUUGCCUACUACCCGCCUUGAGCAUAUCGCAAAUAAAGCCUCAAGACGUCGAGCUGUUGCAAACCUCUACCAUGCCUGUAUGAGUCGCGUACUGGCUCCCCUAAAGACUGCUGGAGUUGAUGGGCUUGUGAUGAGUAGUGGCGAUGGUGCACGACGUCGUUGUCACCCAUUGUUCGCGUGCUUCGUUGGUGACUAUCCUGAGCAGUUACUUGCUGCUGGAGUGAAGUCGAUGGAGUGCCCGAAGUGCGAUGUUCCCACAGACGAACUCGAAAGUAAUACAGCGCAAUGCGAUAUACGCGAUCUUCAUGCUGUGUUGGAUGCUCUCGCUCUGAUCGAUGAAGGUGACCUGGCCUUUGUACAAGCAUGUCGUGCUGCUGGAAUCAAACCAGUUGUCCAUCCAUUCUGGGAGGACCUGCCCUAUACAAACAUUUUUCAGGCAAUCACGCCUGACGUGCUGCACCAACUAUAUCAGGGUCUCGUCAAGCAUUUGCUUGGAUGGUUAGCACAAGCGUGUGGAGCUGCAGAGAUUGAUGCACGAUGCCGUCGGUUACCUCCCAACCAUCAUAUCCGACUAUUCAUGAAGGGUAUUACCAGUCUCAGUUGCCUCAGUGGUACUGAACACAGCCAAAUAUGUCGCUUCCUCCUUGGCAUUAUUAUUGACAUCCGGCUUCCCGGAAAUCUUGCUUCGUCUCGCCUUCUAAAGGCUGUACGCGGUCUCCUCGACUUCCUCUACCUUGCGCAAUAUCCAUGUCAUAGCUCUGAAACAUUACUUUUACUAGAUGAAGCUCGUGCACUCUUUCACGACAACAAGGAGAUAUUCGUUGACCUUGGAAUCCGAAACAACUUCAACCUUCCAAAACUCCAUGCAAUACGUCAUUAUGCGUCUAUGAUUCGGACGUUUGGGACAACGGAUAACUACAACACCGAGUACACUGAAAGGCUGCAUAUAGAUCUCGCCAAGGAUGCCUAUCAUGCUACCAAUCACAAGCACGAAUUCACGCAGAUGACACGAUGGCUAGAACGAAAGGAGAAGAUCAUCCGUCACGAGCAGUACAUAAAAUGGCGCCUUGAUAGAGAUCGUGCUCCUUAUCAACCGCGUCCACCCGACCUACGCCUCGACCGCACCCUAAAAAUGACAAAGCAUCCAAGCGCCAAAGCUGUCUCAGUUCCAACAUUGAUAUCUGACUAUGGCGCAACUUACUUCCGAGAAGCACUUGCUCGGUACAUUGCAGAACAACAGAAUCCAAAUGAGGUUUUCACUCGUCAGCGGCUGGAGAACGUUGCUGCAGGUAUCCAUUUACCAUUCCACUCCGUCCCCGUAUAUCACAAGAUAAAGUGGUUAUCGACUGAUGCUCGAGGGCAUGGCGAUCCACUUGUGACGGUGGAUAGCAUACACGCUAAACCCCAACGCGCUGCUCUCCAAACGGAUGAUGUAGUACCAGCACGUUUCGAUACUGCACUUAUCAACGAUGGUACUGGCAGCUCUGUUGGCAUCAAAGGCUUCCGCAUAGGCCAAGUUCGUGUCAUUUUCUCAAUUCCUGCAACAGCAACACAACUAUUGUUCCCUCCAGCAAACCAGCCUCCCAAGCACCUUGCGUAUGUCGAAUGGUUUACUCCCUUUCCUGCGACACCAGAUCCCAGGCACGGCAUGUACAAAGUUAGCCGAUUCAUUCGGUCUGGCGAGAGGGUGGCAAGUAUCAUUCCUGUUUCAAAUAUUGCCCGCAGUGUCCAUCUUAUCCCAAAGUUCGGAGCUAUUGUACCUUGA